AUGAAGGCUUCCAGGAGCAGAAGCCUGCUGGGAGUCGCUGUCCUGGCAUUUGCGGCCUGGGCAUGCCCAACCCCAUCGUUUGUCCCUGCCAGAGCGGCACAGCCUUUGAUGGCGCUCGGUCUCGCGCAGGUUCUGGCACCUGCUCCAGCGAGGGCAGACAUCAACCAGGACGCAUACUAUGCUGCAGCCGGUGUUGACCCCGACCAAAUCCGCAACCAGAUGAUCGAUCAGAUGUCCGACACGGACGCGGCACUUCUGGGUGCAUCGGACUUCUUUUGGGAUAUCCUGGUUCCUUUCUCUGCGGGCGCCGGCUUGGUUUAUGGAAUCGCCAUCACCACCGGAAACUUGGAGGGCCCCUUCCCUCAGCAGGAGGACGGCGAGCAGAAAUCCUGA